UAUACCAAAAGAAGAAACAUCAGACGUACAUGAAUCAGAAAACCAGAUGGAAAAAGAAACAUUAACCGUACCGGAGCAUGAAAAAGAGACAGAAGCAAUAACAAAAAAAGAAAAACAAGAAAAAUUAACUGUACAAGAAUCAGAAACCCAUAUAAAAGGAAUAACAAAAAAUGAGGAAGAAGAACCACCAACUGUACAGGAAUCAGAAAAAGGAAUAACAGAAACAGCAGAACAAGAACAAUCAACUGCUCCGGACUCUGCAAAUCACAUAGAAGGAAUAAUAAGAAAUGAGGAAGAAGAACCUGCGACUGUACAGGCAUCAGAAAAAGAGAUAGAAGAGGAAGCAUCAGCAGUACCGAACUUGCAAGAAGAUACAGGAGGAAUGACUAAAAAAGAAGAGGAAACAUCAACAGUACAGGAACCAGAAAACCACAUGGAAGGCACAGCAAGAAAUGAAGAAGAGGAACCACCAACUGUAGAGGGACCGGAAAAACAGAUAGAAGAAGAAGCAUCACACGUACCGAAAUCAGUAAAAGAGAGAGGAGGUAUAACAAAAACAGCAGAACAAGCACAAUCAAAUGUUUGGGAAUCAGCAAGCCACAUAGAAGGAAUUACAAGAAGUGAAAAAGAGGAAACAUCAACAGUACAGGAACUGGAAAAGCACGUAGAAGGACUAAAAAUAAAUCAAAAAGAAGAACCAUCAAUUGUACAAGAAUCAGAAAAAGAAACAAAAGGAAUAACAGAAACAGCAGAACAAGAACAAUCAACUGCUGCGGACACAGCAAAUCACAUAGAAGGAAUAACAAGAAAUGAAGAAGGAGAAUCACCAACUGUACAGGAACUAGAAAAUCACACAGAAGGCAUAACAAGAAUUGAACAAGAGGAACCACUAACUUUACAGGAACCAGAAAAACAGAUAGAAGAAGAGGCAUCAACAGUACCGAACUCGGAAGGAGAUACAGAAGGAAUAACAAAAAAAGAAGAAGGGGAAACAUCAACAGUAAAGGAACCAGAAAAUCACGUGGAAGGCACAACAAGAAAUGAGGAUGAGGAACCACUAACUGUACAGGAACCAGAAAAACAGAUAGAAGAAGAGGCAUCAACAGUACCGAACUCGGAGGAUGCUACAGAAGGAAUAACAGAAAAAGGAAAAGAGGCAACAUCAACUGGACGGGAACCAGAAAACCACAUGGAAGGCACAACAAAAAAUGAAGAAGAGGAACCAGCAACUGUACUGGAACCGGAAAAACAGAUGGAAGAAGAGGCAUCAACAGUACCGAACUCGGAUGAAGGUACAGAAGAAAUAACAAAAACAGGAAAAGAGGCAACAUCAACUGGACGGGAACCAGAAAACCACAUGGAAGGCACAAGAAGAAAUGAAGAAGAGGAACCAACAACUGUACAGGAACCGGAAAAACAGAUGGAAGAAGAGGCAUCAACAGUACCGAACUCGGACGAAGAUACAGAAGGAAUAACAAAAACAGGAAAAGAGGCAACAUCAACUGUACAGGAACCGGAAAAACAGAUGGAAGAAGAGGCAUCAACAGUACCGAACUCGGACGAAGAUACAGAAGGAGUAACAAAACCAGGAAAAGAGGCAACAUCAACUAUACAGGAACCACAAAACCACAUGGCAGGCACAACAAGAAAUGAAGAAGAGGAACCGCCAACUGUACAGGAACCGGAAAAACAGAUGGAAGAAGAGGCAUCAACAGUACCGAACUCAGACGAAGAUACAGAAGGAAUAACAAAAACAGGAAAAGAGGCAACACCAACUGUACAGGAACCGGAAAAACAGAUGGAACAAGAGGCAUCAACAGUACCGAACUCGGAGGAAGAUACAGAAGGAAUAACAACAACAGGAAAAGAGGCAACAUCAACUGGACGGGAACCAGAAAACCACAUGGAAGGCACAACAAGAAAUGAAGAAGAGGAACCACCAACUGUACAAGAACCGGAAAAACAGAUGGAAGAAGAGGCAUCAACAGUACCGAACUCGGACGAAGAUACAGAAGGAAUAACAAAAACAGGAAAAGAGGCAACAUCUACUGGACAGGAACCAGAAAACCACGUGGAAGGCACAACAAAAAAUGAAGAAGAGGAACCACCAACUGUACAGGAACCGGAAAAACAGAUGGAAGAAGAGGCAUCAACAGUACCGAACUCGGACGAAGAUACAGAAGGAAUAACAAAAGCAGGAAAAGAGGCAACAUCAACUGGACAGGAGCCAGAAAAACAGAUGGAAGAAGAGGCAUCAACAGUACCGAACUCAGACGAAGAUACAGAAGGAAUAACAAAAACAGGAAAAGAGGCAACAUCAACUGUAGAGGAACCGGAAAGACAGAUAGAAGAAGAGGCAUCAACAGUACCGAACUCGGACGAAGAUACAGAAGGAAUAACAAAAACAGGAAAAGAGGCAACAUCAGCUGGACAGGAACCAGAAAACCACAUGGAAGGCACAUCAAGAAAUGAAGAAGAGGAACCACCAACUGUACAGGAACCGGAAAAACAGAUGGAAGAAGAGGCAUCAACAGUACCGAACUCGGACGAAGAUACAGAACGAAUAACAAAAACAGGAAAAGAGGCAACAUCAGCUGGACAGGAACCAGAAAACCACAUGGAAGGCACAUCAAGAAAUGAAGAAGAGGAACCACCAACUGUACAGGAACCGGAAAAACAGAUGGAAGAAGAGGCAUCAACAGUACCGAACUCGGAUGAAGGUACAGAAGAAAUAACAAAAACAGGAAAAGAGGCAACAUCAACUGGACGGGAACCAGAAAACCACAUGGAAGGCACAACAAGAAAUGAAGAAGAGGAACCAACAACUGUACAGGAACCAGAAAAACAGAUGGAAGAAGAGGCAUCAACAGUACCGCACUCGGACGCAGAUACAGAAGGAAUAACAAAAACAGGAAAAGAGGCAACAUCAACUGUACAGGAAUCAGAAAACCAUAUGGAAGGCACAACAAGAAAUGAAGAAGAGGAACCGCCAACUGUACAGGAACAAGAAAAACAGAAGGAAGAAGAGGCAUCAACAGUACCGCACUCGGACGCAGAUACAGAAGGAAUAACAAAAGCAGGAAAAGAGGCAACAUCAACUGGACAGGAACCAGAAAAACAGAUGGAAGAAGAGGCAUCAACAGUACCGAACUCAGACGAAGAUACAGAAGGAAUAACAAAAACAGGAAAAGAGGCAACAUCAACUGUAGAGGAACCGGAAAGACAGAUGGAAGAAGAGGCAUCAACAGUACCGAACUCGGACGAAGAUACAGAAGGAAUAACAAAAACAGGAAAAGAGGCAACAUCAACUGUACAGGAACCGGAAAAACAGAUGGAAGAAGAGGCAUCAACAGUACCGAACUCGGACGAAGAUACAGAAGGAAUAACAAAAACAGGAAAAGAGGCAACAUCAACUGGACAGGAACCAGAAAACCACAUGGAAGGCACAACAAGAAAUGAAGAAGAGGAACCGCCAACUGUACAGGAACCGGAAAAACAGAUGGAAGAAGAGGCAUCAACAGUACCGCACUCGGACGAAGAUAUAGAAGAAAUAACAAAAACAGGAAAAGAGGCAACAUCAACUGUAGAGGAACCGGAAAGACAGAUGGAAGAAGAGGCAUCAACAGUACCGAACUCGGACGAAGAUACAGAAGGAAUAACAAAAACAGGAAAAGAGGCAACAUCAACUGGACGGGAACCAGAAAACCACAUGGAAGGCACAACAAGAAAUGAAGAAGAGGAACCACCAACUGUACAGGAACCAGAAAAACAGAUGGAAGAAGAGGCAUCAACAGUACCGCACUCGGACGCAGAUACAGAAGGAAUAACAAAAACAGGAAAAGAGGCAACAUCAAAUGGACAGGAACCAGAAAACCACAUGGAAGGCACAACAAGAAAUGAAGAAGAGGAACCGCCAACUGUACAGGAACCGGAAAAACAGAUGGAAGAAGAGGCAUCAACAGUACCGCACUCGGACGGAGAUAUAGAAGAAAUAACAAAAACAGGAAAAGAGGCAACAUCAACUGGACAGGAACCAGAAAACCACGUGGAAGGCACAACAAAAAAUGAAGAAGAGGAACCACCAACUGUACAGGAACCAGAAAAACGGAUGGAAGAAGAGGCAUCAACAGUACCGAACUCAGACGAAGAUACAGAAGGAAUAACAAAAACAGGAAAAGAGGCAACAUCAACUGUACGGGAACCGGAAAAACAGAUGGAACAAGAGGCGUCAACAGUACCGAACUCGGACGAAGAUACAGAAGGAAUAACAAAAACAGGAAAAGAGGCAACAGCAACUGGACGGGAACCAGAAAACCACAUGGAAGGCACAACAGGAAAUGAAGAAGAGGAACCACCAACUGUACAGGAACCGGAAAAACAGAUGGAAGAAGAGGCAUCAACAGUACCGAACUCGGACGAAGAUACAGAAGGAAUAACAAAAACAGGAAAAGAGGCAACAUCAACUGGACAGGAACCAGAAAACCACAUGGAAGGCACAACAAGAAAUGAAGAAGAGGAACCGCCAACUGUACAGGAACCGGAAAAACAGAUGAAAGAAGAGGCAUCAACAGUACCGAACUCAGACGAAGAUACAGAAGGAAUAACAAAAACAGGAAAAGAGGCAACAUCAACUGUACAGGAACCGGAAAAACAGAUGAAAGAAGAGGCAUCAACAGUACCGAACUCGGACGAAGAUACAGAAGGAAUAACAAAAACAGGAAAAGAGGCAACAUCAACUGGACAGGAACUAGAAAACCACAUGGAAGGCACAUCAAGAAAUGAAGAAGAGGAACCACCAACUGUACAGGAACCAGAAAAACAGAUGGAAGAAGAGGCAUCAACAGUACCGAACUCGGACGAAGAUACAGAAGGAAUAACAAAAACAGGAAAAGAGGCAACAUCAACUGGACGGGAACCAGAAAACCACAUGGAAGGCACCAGAAGAAAUGAAGAAGAGGAACCACUACCUGUACAGGAACCGGAAAAACAGAUGGAACAAGAGGCAUCAACAGUACCGCACUCGGACGAAGAUACAGAAGGAAUAACAAAAACAGGAAAAGAGGCAACAUCAACUGGACAGGAACCAGAAAACCACAUGGAAGGCACAACAAGAAAUGAAGAAGAGGAACCACCAACUGUACAGGAACCGGAAAAACAGAUGGAAGAAGAGGCAUCAACAAUACCGAACUCGGACGAAGAUACAGAAGGAAUAACAAAAGCAGGAAAAGAGGCAACAUCAACUGGACGGGAACCAGAAAACCACAUGGAAGGCACAAGAAGAAAUGAAGAAAAAGAACCACCAACUGUACAGGAACCGGAAAAACAGAUGGAAGAAGAGGCAUCAACAGUACCGAACUCGGACGAAGAUACAGAAGAAAUAACAAAAGCAGGAAAAGAGGCAACAUCAACUGGACGGGAACCAGAAAACCACAUGGAAGGCACAACAAGAAAUGAAGAAGAGGAACCACUAACUGUACAGGAACCGAAAAAACAGAUAGAAGAAGAAGCUUCAACAGUACCGAAUUGGGCAGAAGAUACAGAAGGAAUAACAAAAAAAGAAGAAGAGGAAACAUCAACAGUACAGGAACCAGAAAAGCACGUAGAAGGACUAGCAGUAAAUGAAGAAGAAGAACCACCAAUUGUACAGAAGCCGCAGAAACAGAUAGAUGAAGAAACAUCCACCGUUACGGUGUCAGAAAAAGACCCGCCACAAAAUGAAACAAGAAUGACAGAAAAGGAAACUGAAACAAAAACGCUGUAUGAGAAAGUAAAAGCUAUUCCGUUACGGCUGUUUCAUUCAAUCAAAGGAUUAUUCGGUUGAAGUUUAAAAGCCUAUUGAAUCAACGGUAUACGAGUAUGUUAACUUAUUAUAAAUAGAGAUAAGGCUUAGAUUAAGAUUAAUAUAAGUAUUAAGGAAAAGCUGAAUAUGCAGAUGAAGAAAAGGAUAAGUAUUAAAACGAGAAAAUAAAGGUAAAAACAAAAAUUUAAAUAAAUCUAAGUUCACAAAAUGUAAGAACAAAGGCGGAAUAGAAUGUGCGAAUAGGGAAGAUAAUGGGUAUAAAAAACAAGAUAGAAAUAGAGGCAAAUAUGGAGAUAGAAUGGGUUCAAACAUUUUUCGCUGUCAAAAUUACCAUUUAGUAGAGACUUGUAUUGCGUUAUUUUGUUUGCUUUCCCUAUAUUUUCAGUGGUGUCAAGCGGUAUACGGAUAAUUUCAGGCAUACAGCCUACCCAGAAGAACUGAGAAAGUAAGACCCUAUAUGAAUAAAGUAUUUCAAAAGCGUUACAGAUUUCCGAGAAAUCAAUGGUUGCGAGGUGUGCUUUAUUAUUCUUAUUAGGGGAAAUAGCACUGGGUCCUGAAAUAUGUAUUGUGCCUCCUUCGUGGAUUCAGAGUACUUCUCUGGGCCCAAAUUCCUCAAUAAAUAAGUAAAUACAUUUUAUUUGUCCUAUUUUAUUGAGUUUUAUUUCCUUCUCUGCAAACAAGUCUAACUGCAAACAGUUCCGAUGGACACGGGAUGCUAUCACGGAUUGGGGGAUGGGAUGUUUAGGGACCAUCCCACCCAGUCGUCUACCCGUACCUGACCUCUCCAACAUGGGUGGCCAUGAAGGUAUGCCUAAGCGAAUUGAUGACAGAGCCCUGCCCUUCAUAGAUGUAUGCAAGCUCAACCACCAGUCGUCAAGGGUUAGGGCCCAAACGCGAUCAUCAGCUUUCUCUUUCAAAUGAUAGACCUCUCGCUUUUGUUGACAUUCCAGUAUAGUCAUAAAUUACGUUCGCAGUUGAUGGCGUUAAAAAGUAAGCGGUGUGAGUUCUCCUGAAGGAGCUGAUCUAAGAAGUCUUCCAGCAAUGGAGCGUUGUAAGAGAGGUGUAUUUUU